AUGAGCGCUUUCUUCCCAGAAAUCUCCAUGGGAUGUUCACCUAUCACUCACGACAAUGCCUUCUACGGUAAGUGCAUGAUCGGUGGCAUCUUAUCAUGCGGCAUCACACACACAGCCAUAUCCCCGCUCGACGUAGUAAAGUGCAAUAUGCAGGUCAACCCGACAAAAUACAAGAGCCUACUGUAUGGCAUGAAGACCAUCGCUUCAGAGGAGGCCAACGGGCAGGCGACCGGAAGCCGAGCCCCUAAGGACCUUUACGCAAGUGUCGAGUCGACAAUGUUAAAGGUUUUGAGCCCAAUGGUCAGCAGCUCAGACGCAGACGCUGCUACGGAGGCAGUCCCCACCUCCCCCGCCGCCCACGAAAGGGGCGAAGAGCAUCACGAAGAGAAGGUCACGCCGGACGCUGGAGCGCUCGCGGCUCUCAUCAUCAAGCUCACGGUCAAAGUGGACAGCUUAGAGCGGUCGCUGGAGACGCACCAGCAGCGUGCGGCCGUCACGCCACCCUGUCAGGGGGCUGGGCUGUGCCAGAGCGAGUACCGUCAAGUACUGCAGUACGGAGGCAGCUUGGACAUGCGGCGCAUGCAGCUGCAUGAGCUCGGUGCGUCGAACUUCGGCAUGGGUGUGCAGACUCCUGGGAGGUAUGGUGGUCUUGGUGCUGGGCAACAAGCAGGAGACACACCGUUCCAGGCCCAAGAAGCAGCUCAACAGGCGCCACAGCAACAACUGGCUGCGCAGUACCAAGCACAUCGGCCAUCACCGCUGCACCUCAACGAGAGAGUGCCGCCUGCCAAGGAUGGGAUGAUCUUCAUGCAAAACAUCGACGGCAGCGAGGUCUACAAGGGACUUGGGGGCGACUUCGAGCAGUGGGAGCUGCUGUUCAUCGACCAGAGCCAGGUGGCGGAGCAGGCGUGUGGCUACACCUGGCCUGAACGUUACAAGGUGAACAAGUUCGGCCAGCAUCUACGUGGUAAAGCUGAGCUCUUCUUCCAGCAGCACAUCAUGCGCUGGUGGGCCACGCAGCUGGCGCUCUGGUUUGUGAUGGAGUACAUGCACUUGUCGUUCAAGUGGGCGCUCUCGACGCAACAAGGAAUGAAGCUCUUCGGCGCGAAGAAAGACCCGUCGCGAUCGUGGAAUGAGCACUUCUUGUACUUGACCGCUCUCAUGAUGGCAACGAACGCGUCAACAGCGCUAGCGCUGGAGAACAUCGUCAAGUAUGCGGACCCAGACUUGAGGCACGCCUUGAUGGCCAAGUGUAACAUCACGCGGCCGGAUCCUCUCCAACAAGCGAAUGAGCUGGCCGUUUGGGCGCAGAUGAUGGCCGAUGAAGAUCGAGCGCCACAGCAUUUUGUGCAAGAAGGUUGGACACCUGAAGAAGAGCUGCCCGAUCGUUCCGCUGGAAGCAGCCAGGACCACCCAGUAAAGUUCGCACUUGCCGCCGGUAACGACUUCAAGUCCGUGGACGCUACGAGCUGGAUUCUGGACAGCGGUGUCAGUCGAUAUCUUGUCAGUGAUCCUGCGCUACUGGUUAAUGUAGCGCAGUGCUCUGGUGAGGACACCUGCAUGUUACCGGAUGGUCGAACGUGGACGUAG